AUGGUCAUGUCCGAGGACAUACCGCCCAGCUUCUUGCAGAAGCCUCAGCUCCACCAGGAAGAAGACGGGAACAGGCUCGUCUUCGACUGCCACCUCCUCGCCAGCCCCAAGCCGGAUGUCGCCUGGUUUCGCGGCGAGAAGGAGGUGAAAGAGGACCAAAGGACGGCCGUCCGGGUCAAAGAGGUUUCGCCGAAUACCUACAAGGUCACGUUGGAGCUGGAUGACGUCAUCGAGAGCGACGGUGGACUUUACAAGGUCAAGGCCAAAAACAAGUUUGGUGAAGUCGCCGCGUCCAUCAAUUUGAACUUCAGCCCGGUCGACGAGCCUCGAGAGAAGCAAAUAGACGGGAUCGCGCCGACAUUCGCCAAGAAGCCGACGAUCCGGCAGGAAGAAGACGGGAAGAGGCUCCUGUUCGAAUGCCGAGUUCAAGCGGAUCCCCAGCCGUCUUUCAUCUGGUCGCACGACGGGAAGGAACUCCCACCUUCCGGGCGCUUCAAGGUCUCAGUGGAGAGAGAUGGCACCACGUACAAGAGCGUCCUGGAAAUCAAAGAUGUGACCGUGGAAGACGCCGGGAAAUACAAAGUCACCGCGAAGAACGAGCUGGGAGAAAGCAACGCCACUAUCAGCCUCAAUUUCGACAGUGACGAAGCACCGACUCCGAAAGAUGGGAUCAAGCCGACUUUCACGGAACGCCCUGUGAUCCGCCAAUCUGAAGAUUGCUCAACAGUCACCUUCGAAUGCCGGCUCGUCGGCGACCCCGUUCCUACCGUCGCCUGGUACCACGGAGGACAAGCGGUGCGAGAGGGCGGGAGAUACAAGAUGUCGAUGCAAGAGGACGCCAAGCUCUAUCACAUCGUCAGACUCGUGAUCAUCGGGGUGAAUGCCGAGGACGGGGGGGAAUACAAAGCCGUCGCACAGAAUAAACACGGCGAAGGCGUCGCCAAUAUCAAUCUCAACUUCGAGGGAGCCUCAGAGAAGCCCAAAAUCCCAGACGGGAAGGCCCCGAGAUUCCCGAAGAAGCCGACGAUCCGCCAGCAGGGAGAGACCCUGAUCAUGGAAUGCAUCCUGGAGGCGAACCCAGCCCCGGAGAUCAAGUGGUUCCAGGGCACGAAGCAGAUCGAGUCCUCGGCCCGGACGCGGAUGACCCAGAAGGUGACGGGGAAGGACACCUACCUCCUCACCCUCGAGAUCAUGAACCCGACCAAGGGCGACGGCGGGAGCUAUCGGUGCAAUGCUCAUAACGUGUGCGGCGAGAGCAAUGCCAAUAUCGCCCUCAACUUCCAAGGAGGCGACGAGGAAGAAGAGAAACCGGACGGUUUCGCUCCCACGUUCGUGGAGAAGCCGCGAAUCGUCCCCAACGCGACGGGGACUUUGAUCACGAUGAGAUGCAAGGUCCGGGCGAAACCCACACCGGAUUUCACUUGGUACAAGGGGAAAAGCACGGAUCCUGGUGGAGACGAUGCCGGAUCGUAUCGCUGCCACAUCACAAACAAAUUUGGGGAAGUGAAUGCAAACCUCAACCUCAACAUAGAAGUCGCCCCUGUGAUCAAGAUCCAGCCCCGAGUGAAGCGCGUGGUGAAGAAGGAGACGAUCGUGAUCGAGACCGUCAUCGUGUCCCAGUCCAAGCCGAACGUGGUCUGGUACAAGGAGAGCAACACCAUCCGCGAGGACACCCGGCACUUCGUGCACAUCGAGGAGGUCUCGAAGGGAGAGUUCGCGAUCAAGCUGGAGAUCGAGAAGGUCACCGACAAGGACAAGGGCACGUACAAGUGCGUGGCGAAGAACGAGAAGGGAGAGGCGCAGUCCAUGACGGUGGAGGUCACGGAGAUCCCCGAGCCGGAGGAGAAGAAACCCAAGGGAGAGAAACCCAAGAUUGCUCAAGGACUCAGCGCUCAGGACGUGAAAGCUGGAGACACGGCUGAGUUCUCUGUCAAAUUGGCCAAUGCCGACAAGAAUGCCAAAGUAACUUGGUAUCGAGGUUCAAAGGUGGUGACGGAGAGCCGAAGCCUCACGGUGAGCUUCACGGGAACGAUCGCGAAGCUGGUCAUCCGCGAAUGCGAGUUGGACCAUUCCGGGACCUACAAGUGCGUCGUCGAAAACGAAUUCGGGAAGGAAGAAUCUUCCGCCGAACUCGUCGUCAAAGAAGAUCCUAAAAAGAAAGAUGAAGAAAAGAAAAAGAAGGAAGAAGAGGAGAAAAAGAAGGCUGAGGAAAAGAAGAAGGAAGAAGAGAUGAAGAAAAAGGAGGAAGAGAAGAAGAAAGAAGAGGCGAAGAAGAAGGAGGAAGAGAAGAAAAAGGAGGAAGAGAAGAAAAAGGUGGAAGAAAAGAAAAAGGAGGAAGAGAAGAAAAAGGUGGAAGAGAAGAAAAAGGAGGAAGAGAAGAAAAAAGAAGUGAAGAAGGUAGAGGAAAAGAAAAAGGAAGAAGUACCGAAGAAGAAGGAACCGAUCCCGAAAAUCUCAAUACCAGAGGAAGACGUGAAAGAAGACAUCAAGACCGAAGUGAAGAUCGAAGAACCGAAAAUCGAGGACACGAAGAAGCCGAAGCCCAAGGGGAAGGUCGAACCUACACCUUCGAAACCGGAAAGUAGCACUCCCGUUGAGAAGCCGAAAGCCAGGAUCUUCGAAGAGGAUUUCCGCAAAGUCCGGCUCCUAAAAACGCCCAAGAUGGAGCGGGCCAUGGAAGAGAAGGAAGGCUUGGACGUGGAAUUGCAUCAGGUGAAGAGGGAAAGCACGCCCGUUUCCGACAAAGAUUCCUAUCAUCUCAAGCCUUUCAAACACGAGUUCAAAGUCGUCGAGGACUUUCGUAAGGUGGUACUCCAAAAGACGCCCAAAAAAGAAAAAGAGGAAGAAGAAGAAGUAUCUGAUAUUGCCCUGAAAAGCGUCCAGAAGCCUCAAAGCGAGCUGCAAAUCCCCGAAAAGGACAAACCCCGUUUAGACACUCUGAAGCCGAAAGAAGGCAAAAUAGGAGAAUGGAAUAGGGUCGAAGAGAGAAGGGCGUCUCAGCCUAAAACCGCUUCGAUCAAGGAGCCGAAGAAGGAGCCUCCGACGCUGAACUCAGAAGAAGCGUGUGCUAAUCGCAUGCCAAUAUCCCGACGUUCAUCAGUGGCAAGUAUUGACUCUUUAACGAGCGGUCAGAUUGCAUGCGAAUCCCCCCCGAUCCCGACCAUCAAACUGGAACGCAAGGCAACGAUGCUCUCGGAUGAGAUGAGGAACCUGCUCGACCGAUCCCCGAGCCCAGAUCCGAACAGCAGUUCCGAAGACGUGUCGAUUCAGGAAAAGCCCCGCCGAUCCAGCCAUUCCGGGAUGCACUGGACCCCUCAGCGAUUCCUUUCCAUGCCGGGACUCAGCACCCAAUCCUUACCGAGUCUGGGGCAACAUCGGAGAUCCAUUCAGCACGGCUCUCCCCCAGCCGGGUUGAGAAGGCCUUCCAUAUCGAGAUACCUGCUGAUGAAAGGGGCCUUGACUCACCCGGAGACACCGCAGGAAACGCCUCCGGAAGGAAGCCCAGACCACAGUCCAAAGCACAGCAUUUCCGAGACGACCGGCUCCAAUUCCCGUUCGAGUUUCGACGGCGGCACUAACGUCUUCAAAAGCAUCAUCAAGGUCGUCCUCGAUCGCCCCCCCUCCUUGAUCUUCCCCUCUUGGAAAGGUCUCUCUCUGGGCAGGUACAGCGUGACGCUGGAGGAAUUAGAGGAGAUGUACCAGCCAAAGAUCAUACCCCCGGAAAUCAAAGAGCCGGAUUCGAAAGAGAUGAGUCCGAAGCCGGAUUCUAGACGUGGAUCCCUGGCCCCCGUGAUGGGACGAAGGGGGUCUCUCAUACCCCCCGAAGUUAUGGAACGAAGGGCCAGUCUUAUCAUUGCAGAUGAUAGGCGGAGAUCGACUCAGGCCGAGAUCAGACGGCCGAGCGUGAGCGAAUUGGAGUCGAAGCCGUCGACUCCUCUCAAGGGCCUGGGACCCCCCGGGACUCCGGCUGCCAUCGUCGAUGCGCUGGAGAAGUACACCUGCGUUGAAGGCGAUAAUGCUUUCAUCACCGUUGGGGUCGAGGGCAACCCUGCACCCAGUUUCAAAUUCUACAAGGGAAUCACGGAGAUCCAAGAAAGCGGCCGUUAUAAAUUCAUCACAGAUGGAGAGACGAACACCAUCACGCUUUGCAUCAGAAAGACGAAGGCGAACGACGAGGACCCCUACACCGUGAACGUGUCCAACCCUCACGGCUCCGACUCGGCCGAAAUCAUGCUCUACAUCUCAGGUUCGGAGGGCAUGGACUUCCGAGCCCUGCUGAAGAGAAAGAGAUACUCCGAAUGGGACAAGGACAAAGGCGAUCCGGAUUGGGGAGACCUAAAAAAGACCGAAGAGGAAAAGAAACCAAUGCUGAAGCACGUCGAAAAGGCAUCGCGGAGAAACUCCCUGGCAGAGAUGAUUCCCGACUGGCCCAAGCUUACCAAAGUCCAGCAGUCGCAGUCUAUCGAGAAACAAGAGCAGUGGAUGAAGCCACUGGUGGAUUUGAACGUGAAGGAAGGGAAGGAGCCGAGGGCGACCUUGGAGGCCAUCUUCUCGAAGGAAAACUGCAAGGCCAGGUGGCGAUUCCGUACCGACGAGAUUUUCAGCGGACCAAGGUACAUGAUCACGAUGGAGGGGGCACUUCAUAGACUCGUGAUCGAAAAGCCGAAAUUGGACGAUACUGGCAAAUACACGAUUGAAUGCAUGGGGAUACCCUGCUCCGCUCAUCUCACAGUCGAAGAGCCGGAGCCUAUAUAUCACUUCAGCCGACCGUUAGAGCCGUUGAUCGACGGUUACUUGAACAAGGACCUGGAAUUAGAAUGUUCCGUGAACAACGGGAAAGCCAUGGUGCAGUGGUUCAGGGGGAAAAAGAGGAUCGAAGACUUGGAAAAGUUCGAUAUCAGCAAGGAUGUGCUGGGGAACUGCAAAUUGAUUAUUAAAAAUGCUCAAAUCGAGGACUCUGGGGAGUACUCGUGUCGGAUCUUCAAUCAGAAGGACAAAACGGUGGCCAAAGUCACCAUCAUCGAGAAAAUGUUCAAAAUCGCCAGACCCCUCCUCAGCAAGAUGGUGGUGGAGAGAGAAAAGGUGACACUGGACUGCGAGGUGGAUCACGCCGAAGCGAAGGUCACCUGGUUCAAGGGAGACCAGGAGCUCAAGGAGGACAAGAGGAUUAAAAUCGUCGUGGAGGGGAAGAAGAGGAAGCUGAUCAUCAAGGAGGCCAAGAUGGGGGAUGCCGGACAAUAUUUCGUGAAGACCAAUGCCGACUCCUCCGACGGCGAGCUCAUCGUGGAAUAUGCCAACAAGUUCUUGAAGAAACUACAAGACCAGAGUGUAUACGAGAGAGACAAGGUGAUCCUGGAAGUGGAAAUGCAGGAUCCCACAGCCGUCACCGAAUGGUUCUUCAACGGACAACUCAUCCAAGAAGGGGGAGACUUCGAGAUAAAGAACCUGGGCGGAGGGAAACAUCAGCUGAUCAUUGCAGCUGCGAAAGCAGAGCACGAAGGCGAAUGGAAAGUGGCAGUUAAGGACAUGUCUUGCUCGGCUCAAUUGAAAGUGGGUGAAGGGGAAAAAGCCCCCGUCAUUCAACUUGAAGGGGACAUCGAAGGCCCUUGUGACCGACCCCUGCUCUUCUCUGUACCUUACAAAAUCUUCGGACACAGACAGUCCCAGGUCGAAGCGAAGCUGGUGAAAGAUGGGAAGCCGCUGAGUCUGAAGGACGUGGAAGUCGUGGUCAAGGAAGAUCGGGUCGAUUACCGAUACAAGAAGCCGCUGAGAGAACUCUCGGGGCUCUAUCAGAUCAAACUCUCCAAUGCCAGGGGAGAGGAUGUGAAAGAUGUCACUAUCACCAUGCAAGACGUGCCGAGUAUACCAUUAGACGUGGAAGUAAAGGACAUUUUCCACAACCGUUGCACGCUGUCGUGGAAGCCGUCAAAGGACGACGGAGGAACCCCCAUCAUCCAUUACGCGGUGGAAAGGCAAGACAUGGGCGUGAAGGGAGGCUGGUACACGGUGCACGAACUCUCCCCGGAGCACCCGUGUAAUUUCACCUGCACCGACCUCACGGCGAGGAAGGAGUACAAGUUCAGGAUCCGGGCCAUGAACAAGCUGGGUGGGUCGGAACCCGCAGUCUACCCCAAGGUCGUCCUGGCCAAGGAUCCCUGGGACGAGCCGGGGAAAGUCGGAAACUUGGAAGUGGUCGAUUGGGACAGGAAACACGUGGAGUUGAAGUGGACGAAACCCGAGAGCGACGGCGGGGCUCCCCUCACGGGAUACGUGAUCGAGUACAAGGCGAAGUUCGACCGAGAAUGGCAGCAGGCCAUGUCGGUCCAAGGCGGAGACACCCUCACGGCUUCCGUCGAGGGCCUCAAAGAGGGCAGCACCUACGAAUUCCGGGUCAGGGCCGUGAACAAGGCCGGACCUGGAGAACCUUCCGACCCGACGAAACCCAUCAUCGUAAAGGACAGAUUCGUGAAGCCUUUCCUGAUCGACCAGCUGCAGAACAUCGUGAUCAAGAAAGGUAACAUCAUCAAAUUCGACAUCAAAUACGGCGGGGAACCCACACCGGCCGUCACUUGGAUCAAGGACGGAGAGGAACUCAUCAACAAAGGCGACAAGACGCUGGUGGAGGUGUACGACCAGAAGAAGAACACCAUCAUGACGGUGAGGAAGGCGGUGCGGGGGGACAGCGGGCGGUACACCCUCACGCUCAACAACAGCUUCAGGGACAUGAAGGGGACGUGCAGCGGGUCGGCCGAUGUCGUCGUCCUCGACAAGCCGUCGAUGCCCGGCGGUCCACUGGAAGCCGAAGAAGUCCGAGCGGACCACGUGGCCCUGAAAUGGCGGAGGCCCAAGGACACCGGCGGCGAACCGCUCCAGUGCUACAUCAUCGAAAAGAUGGACCUGGAAACCGGACGAUGGGUGUUGCCGGACAAGGAGAAGUUCACCGUCACGGGCCUAACGGCGAAGAAGAAGUACAAAUUCCGGGUGAAAGCCGUGAACAAGGAAGGGGAAUCUGAUCCCUUGGAAACGGAUGCCAUCGUGGCCAAGAAUCCUUACGACGAGCCCGGGGCACCCGGCAGACCCGAGAUCGUGGACUACGACAACAAACGAGUGGACCUGAAGUGGGCCCCGCCAGAGAGCGACGGCGGCCGCCCCAUCCUCCACUACCUCGUGGAGAUGAAGGACAAAUUCGCCCCCGAUUGGAUCCAGGUGAAGCAGACCCCCGACAGCAAGCCGGAGAUCACCGUCGGCGGAUUGAAGGAGAACAUGAUCUACGCCUUCAGGGUGAAGGCCGUGAACAAGGCCGGCGUCGGGGAACCGUCUCUUCCCACCGACAAUCAUCUCUGCAAGCACAGAAACCUGAAACCGUACAUCGAACGGGAGAACCUGAAGAACGUGACGAUCAAAGUGGGCCGAAAUCACAAGUGGUCCGCGGACGUGAAGGGGGAGCCGCCCCCGAGCAUCACGUGGGUCUGGCGGGACGAUAUCCCUCUGACGGAUUCGGAGAGGAUCAAGGUCUCGAACGUGGAUUAUCACACGGAUUUUGGGAUCCUCAAGUGCCUGAGAAAGGACGCGGGGAAGUACAAGGUGCCCUUGCAAUAUGCCGCUGAUGCCAUAACGUAUACUGAAGGUGGCGAUCCGAACAUGGCGAUAGAUUGGUAUAAAAAAGCCAUGGAAGUGCAACGUACCGAUGAGCCCGGGAAGCCGGGGACUCCGGAGAUCGUGGAUUACGACAAUUGCAGCGUGGACCUGAAGUGGACCAAGCCGAAGAACGACGGCGGGGCCCCCAUCGAGAAAUACAUCAUCGAAAAGAAAGACAGGUUCAAACCGGAAUGGGAAAAAGCCUGCGAAGUGCCAGGGGAGCAGCUCGAGGCCCACGUGCCGGACCUCAAAGAACGUUCCGAGUUCCAGUUCCGGGUUCGGGCCGUGAACAAGGCCGGGCCGUCGGAGCCGUCCGACCCGACCAACAUGCAUCUCGUCAAGCACCGAUCCCUGAAGCCGCGGAUCGACCGGACGAACCUGAAGCAGACGACGCUGAAGGCCGGGAAAGCGGUGAAGUUCGACGUGAACAUCAAGGGCGAGCCCCCGCCGAAGGUCACCUGGAUCUUCAAGGACCAAGAGGUGAUCUCGACGGGGAACCUGGAAAUCGUGAACGUGGACUACAACACGAAAUUCAACCUGACGGACGCACAGCGGAAACAGAACGGGAUUUACCUCAUCAGGGCGGAAAACGAACACGGGAAAGACGAGGCCGAAGUCGAAAUAAUCAUUCUUGCCGCGCCCGGGAAGCCGAAGGGACCGUUGAAGGUCAAGGACGUGACCGCCAAGAAAUGCACCGUCCAGUGGGGGAAACCCGACGAUGACGGCGGGAAACCCAUCACGGCCUACGUGGUGGAGAAGCUGGACACAAAGACGGGCCGGUGGAUGCAAGCCGGCCGGACCGGACCCGAGGAGCUGGAAUUCGAGGUCCCAGGACUCCAGGAAGGCCACGAAUACGAAUUCAGGGUCAAGGCUGUCAACGAGGAAGGGGAAUCCGAGCCACUUCAGACUGAUCGCCCCGUCAUGGCGAAGAAUCCUUAUGAUCCACCCGGAAGACCCGGAUGCCCCGACAUCGAGGACUGGGACGUGGACCGAGUGGACCUGAAAUGGGAGGCCCCCAAGUCCACCGGCGGCGCCCCGAUCACCGCCUACAUCGUCGAAGCGAAGGAGCGCUUCACCGGCGACUGGGAAGAAAUCUUCACCUCGGACGGCCCGGACUGCAAGUGCCGCGUGCCCGGCCUCAAAGAAGGCCACACCUAUCAAUUCAGGGUCAAGGGCGUGAACAAGGCCGGCCCCGGUCAGCCCUCGGAAGCGACGAAACCGCACGUUGCCAAGGCCCGAUUCCUGAAGCCUCACAUCAACCGGGACAAGUUGAAGCCGAUCACGGUGAGGGCCGGGACGGUGGUCCGGUUCGAGGUGGACGUGAAGGGGGAGCCGCCGCCGGAGAUCUCCUGGAUCUUCAAGAAGGAGACGCUGAAGCCGGACGCGAGGCUGAAGAUCGAGAACGAGGAUUACAACACGAGGUUCGUGUUGGCGGAGACGGCGAGGCGGGACACGGGGAAGUACACGGUGUUUGCGCAGAAUUCGUCUGGGACGGACGAGGCGGAGGUCGAGGUUACCGUACUCGACAAGCCGGGGAAACCGGAGGGACCGCUCGAUAUCGUCGACGUCCACAAGGAGGGAUGCAAACUGAAGUGGCGGCCGCCGAAGGACGACGGGGGUCUUCCGCUGGAAGGAUACGUCCUGGAGAAGAUGGACGUGAUCACGGGGAAAUGGGUCCCGGCGGGACGAGUGGGACCGGACGCGACCGAGGCCGAGAUCAAGGGACUGGAGCCGGGACACAAGUACGAAUUCAGGGUGAAGGCCGUGAACGAGGAGGGGGAGUCGGAGCCCCUCGAGGCCGACAGGGCCAUCGUCGCCAAGGAUCCGUACGUGAUUCCUGGGGCGCCGGGCAUCCCGGACAUCGUCGAUUGGGACGAACACAUGGUCAAACUCAAGUGGGAUCCCCCCGUCAAGGAUGGAGGCUCUCCCAUUACAGGUUACGUGAUCGAGAUGAGAGACAAAUACGGCGGGAACUUCAAGAAAGCGGCGGAAGUCCGCGGAAACGUGUGCAAGGGCGAGGUGAAAGGCCUGGAAGAAGGGAACAAGUACGAGUUCCGGGUACGGGCCGUGAACAAGGCCGGGCCCGGGGACCCGUCCGAGGCGACGAACCCGCACACGGCGAAGGCGCGAUUCCUGAAGCCGAGGAUCGACCGGACGAACCUGCAGAACGUGGUCGUGAAAGUGGGCCAACAGGUCGUCUUCGACGUGGACAUCAUCGGAGAGCCCCCGCCCGAAGUGACCUGGAUCCUCAAGGAUCAGGUGCUGGGGACCGAGGACCAACGCCAGAUCAACAACAUCGACUAUCACACCAAUUUGAUCCUCUUCCGCGCGUCCCGGAAGGACAGCGGGAAGUACCGAAUCCUCGCGAAGAACAGCCAGGGAGAGGACGAGGCAGAAGUGGACGUGACCGUCCUCGGCCCACCCGGGACGCCGGAAGGACCCCUGGACGUAUCCGAGGUCCGGAAGGACGGCUGCCACCUCAAGUGGAAGAAGCCUCAAGACGACGGCGGAUCCCCGAUCGAAUAUUACGAGAUCGAGAAAAUGGACAUGAACACGGGCCAGUGGAUCCCAUGCGGCCGAUCCGUCGGCCCCGAGGCCGACAUCCAGGGCCUCCAAGAGGGAAAGAAUUACAAGUUCAGGGUGAAGGCCGUGAAUUCCGAGGGCGAAUCGGAGCCUCUCGUCACGGAUAAAUCGAUCCUCGCCAAGAAUCCCUUCGAUCCCCCGAGCAAGCCGGGUCGACCGGACGUGACGGACUGGGACGCAGACCACAUCGACCUCGCCUGGUCCGCCCCGAAGGACAACGGCGGGGCUCCCAUCGAGAAGUACGUGAUCCAGAAACGCGACAAGGGACUCGGCGGCGGAUGGAUCACUUGCAUGAGUGUUCCGGUGGCGCCUUACAUCGAUCGCAAGAACCUGGGCCCCAAGGUGAUCAAGUCCGGGGAAAUGCUUCGCAUCGAGGUGGACGUGAAGGGUGAACCCCCCCCGGCCAUCACGUGGAUCCUCAACGGACAAGAACUGAAGUCGGCGGACAGGUUGAGGAUCGACAGCGAGGACUAUCACACGACGUUCAUCAUCACGAAAGGGUUCCGGAAGGACACGGGGAUCUACACGAUCGUGGCGAAGAACGAGCACGGCAUGGACGAGGUCCAACUGGAUCUCACCGUCCUCAGCAAGCCGGGGAAGCCGAAGGGCCCCCUCAAGGUGACGGACGUGACGGCGGAGAGCGUGAACCUGAAAUGGGAGAAGCCGGAGGACGACGGAGGGGAGCCGAUCGACCACUACGUGGUGGAGAGGAUGGACACGGACACGGGGCGGUGGGUCCCGGUCACCACCACCAAGACGCCGGAGGCGCACGUCCCCGGAUUGCUGGAAGGAAAGGAAUACAAAUUCCGGGUGAAGGCAGUGAAUGCAGAAGGGGAAUCCGAACCGCUGGAAACGGAAAGAGGCAUCAUCGCCAAGAAUCCUUUCGACGAGCCAGGGAAGCCGGGUAAACCCCAGGCGAAGGACUGGUCGGCGAAACACGUGGACCUGAAAUGGACUCCCCCGAAGGAGGACGGCGGGGCCCCCGUCACGUCCUACAUCGUGGAGAAGAAGGACGCACUCAGCACGAAGUGGCAGAAGGCGGUGGAGGUGAUCGGGGACAAGUGCGAGGCGAGGGUCCCCGAUCUCAUCGAGGGGAUGCAGUACGAGUUCAGGGUGAAGGCGGUGAACAAGGCGGGGCCGGGCGCGCCCUCUGAGGCCUCUGACGUCAUCACUGCCAAAAACAGAUACAUGGCUCCCAAGAUCGAUCGGUCGACGAUGAAGGCGGUGACGGUGAGAGCCGGACAGAUGGUCAAGCUGGACGUGAAAGUGUCCGGCGAGCCCCCUCCGUCCAAGACGUUUUUCCACAACAAGGAGAAGCUCGAGUCCAAGGAAGAGGCGAGGAUCGACACCGAGGAUUACAAGAUCAAGCUGACGAUCCCGGUCUCGAAGCGAUCCGACACCGGCACGUACUUGCUGAAGGCGGAAAACAGCUCUGGCAAGGACGAGGCCGAAGUCGAAGUGAACGUCUUGGACAAGCCCGGGAAACCCGAAGGCCCCCUGAAGAUCUCGGACGUGCACAAAGAAGGCUGCAAACUGAAAUGGAAACCCCCGUUAGACGAUGGCGGCUGCCGGAUCGAGCAGUACGUCGUGGAGAAACAAGACACGGAAACCGGUCGCUGGGUGCAGGUGGCUCGAACGAAAGAUCCACAGAUGGAAGUGGAAGGCCUCACUCCCGGCCAGGAAUACAAAUUCAGGGUCUCUGCCGUGAAUGCCGAGGGAGAGUCGGAGCCCUUGGAGGCCGACCAGGCCAUCGUGGCCCGAGACCCCUACGACCAACCGGGCGCGCCUGGGUUGCCCGAGGCCACGGACUGGAGCAAGGACUUCGUGGACCUGAAAUGGGAAGCCCCCGUGCAAGACGGAGGAUCCCCGAUCGUGGGCUACGUGAUCGAGAAGCGAGAAGCCGGCACGGGCCGCUGGGUGAAGGCGGCCGACAUCCCCGGCCCGCUCUGCCAGGGCAGGGCCGAGGACCUCGAAGAGGGUCAGAGUUACGAAUUCCGCGUGAGGGCCGUGAACGCCGCGGGGCCGGGUGACCCGUCUCCUCACACCAAGCCCAUCACGGCCAAACUCAGGAAGAUGGCGCCGAAGAUCGACCGGAAGACGCUGCACAACGUGACCGUGAAAGAGGGCGAGCCGAUCAUGUUCAACGUGAAGAUCAAGGGCGAACCGCCGCCCGACGUCUUCUGGGCCUUCAAGAGCAAGCCGAUCGAGGACUCCAAGGAGAUCCGCAUCGAGAACGUCCCUUACAACUCCAAGUUCUUCAUGGACAGCCCCGUGAGGGCGAACACUGGGAUCUACACCAUCACGGCGACCAACAAGCACGGAUCCGACACCGCCGAGGUCGAGGUCACCAUCAUCUCCCGGCCGGGGAAACCGGAGGGACCGCUGGAAGUCCUCGACGUCCACAAAGAAGGCUGCAAACUGAAAUGGAAGCCGCCCAAGGACGACGGAGGAGAGCCCGUCGAAGGCUACGUGGUUGAGAAAUUCGACCCCGACAUCGGGAUCUGGAUCCCGGUCGGGAAGACCUCGGAGCCGGAGAUGGAGGUGACCGGCCUCACUCCCGGACACGAGUAUAAAUUCAGGGUUAAAGCGAUUAAUAAAGAAGGGGAAUCGGAGCCGCUGGAGACGCUGGCGCCGAUCGUGGCGAGGGACCCGUUCAGUCCCCCGGGCGCGCCUGGGAUCCCGGCGCCGGACGACUGGAGCAGCAACCACGUGGAGCUGGUGUGGGACCCGCCGGAUUCGGACGGCGGGUCACCCAUCACGGGAUACAUCAUCGAGAAGAAAGACAAAUACAGCAUUUACUUCGAGAAGGCGGAAGAGACGAACACGCCGGAAUGCAGAGGAAUCGCGAGGCAGCUGGUCGAGGGCCUGGAGUAUGAAUUCCGGGUUCGGGCCGUGAACAGGGCCGGGCCUGGUGAACCCUCGCUUCCUUCAAAGACUUUCGUCCCCAAACCGCGAUUCUUGGCGCCUCGAAUCGACCGUCGGUGCUUGGGCGACGUGACCAUCCGGACCGGAACGAGCCUGAAAUUCGACGUGAGCAUCACGGGUGAGCCGCCCCCGAAGGUGGAAUGGACCGUGGACGGCCGCCUCAUCCGCGACGGCGACCGCGUCCAACUCGCGAACGUGGACUACAACAGCAAGCUCGCGAUCCGCAAGUGCAAGCGAGCCGACGCGGGCGAGUACACGAUCGUCGCCACGAACAGCAGCGGCCGCGACUCCGUCACCGUGACCGUGAACGUGCUGGACAAGCCCGGCAAGCCCGAGGGCCCCCUGCAGGUCUCGGACGUCCACAAGGAAGGCUGCAAGCUGAAGUGGAAGCGGCCCAAGGACGACGGCGGGACCCCCAUCGAAUACUACGAGGUGGAGAAGAUGGACCCCGAGACCGGAGUCUGGGUCCCGUGCGGACGAAGCAGAGAGCCCAACCUGGAGGUGACUGGGCUGACCCCGAACAAGGAAUACAAAUUCCGGGUGAUGGCCGUGAACAAGGAAGGGGAAUCUGAGCCCCUCGAGACCUCGGAGGCGAUCGUCGCCAAGAAUCCGUUCGACGAACCAGGCAAGCCAGGAAACGUGAAGGUGAAAGACUGGGACAAAGACCACGUGGACCUCGCCUGGACCCGCCCUCUCUCCGACGGCGGCUCCCCCAUCACCGGCUACAUCAUCGAAAAGAAAGACAAAUACGGCGAUUGGGAGAAGGCGCUGGAGGUUCCCGGCGAGCAGACGUCCGCCCGCGUCCCGGACCUCCUCGAGAACCAGCCGUACGAGUUCCGCGUUCGCGCCGUGAACGCGGCCGGGCCCGGGGAACCCUCCGACCCGACCGACACGGUCGUCACGAGGGCGAGGAACGUGCCUCCCAAGAUCGACCGGACCAACCUCAUCCAAGUAAGGAUCAAGGCCGGACAAAACUUCACCUUCGACGUGAACGUGAGCGGCGAGCCCCCCCCGACGAAGAAAUGGUACCACAGCAGCAAGGAGCUGAAGGCCGACGACCGGCACAAGCUCGUCGUCGAAGAUUACAAGAUCAAGCUCCUCGUCCGGAACGCCCAGCGGUCGGACACGGGGAAGUACACGCUCACGGCCGAGAACGCGAACGGGAAGGACUCCGCCGACGUGGAAGUCAUCGUCAUCGAUAAGCCCAGCCCCCCGACGGGCCCGCUGAACAUCUCCGACGUGACCGCGAAGAGCUGCAAACUCAAGUGGCGACCGCCUGCCGACGACGGCGGGACUCCCGUCGAGAGAUACGCCGUUGAGAAAAUGGACACAGUCACCGGUCGUUGGGUGCCGGUCGGCGAGACGAUCGGACCCGAGACGGAGAUGGACGUGCCGGACCUGCAGAAGGACCACGAGUAUAAGUUCAGGGUCUGCGCGAUCAACAGGCAGGGGAAGUCGGAUCCGUUGCAGGCGCAGCAGGCCGUCGUGGCGAAGAAUCCGUUCGGUGAGCCGGGGAAGCCGGGGACUCCGGAGAUCGCGGACUUCGACAAGGACUUCGUGGACCUGAAGUGGACUCCUCCCGCCCAGGACGGCGGGUCUCCCAUCACGGCCUACAUCAUCCAGAAGAAGGACAAAUACACUCCCGAUUGGGACAACGUGGCCGAGGUGAAGGGCGACGAGACGAGGGCGAAGAUCGAGGACCUCAUGCCGGGGAACACGUACGAGUUCCGCGUCGUGGCCGUGAACAAGGCCGGACCCGGGGAGCCGUCCGAUUCCACCGGACCGCACCUGGCCAGACCCAAAAACAUGGCGCCCAAGAUCGACCGGAACGCGAUGAUGGACCUGAAGGUGAAGGCGGGCCAGCCGAUCGUGUUCGAAGUCCCCGUCCAGGGCGAGCCCCCGCCGACGAAGACGUGGAUGUGCAACGGGAAGGAGAUCGCCGGGGAUCGCGUGAAGAUCGCCAACGAGGAUUACAAGACGAAGAUCCAGAUCUUCGACUCGGUCAGGGCCGAUUCCGGGGAGUUCACGCUCACGGCGAAGAACCGGAACGGGACCGACGCCUGCACCGUCAAGGUCACCGUCCUCGACGUCCCCGGGCCGCCUCAAGGGCCGCUGGCCGCACGGGACGUGAACAAAAACUCGUGCACGCUCUCGUGGCGACCUCCGAAGGACAACGGAGGAUCCGACAUCACGCACUACAUCGUCGAGAAAAUGGACACGGAAAACAUGCGAUGGGUCGCCAUCGGGGAACCCCUCGGCACUACUCAACGCGUGGACCACCUGGUCGAAGGCCACGACUACAAGUUCCGCGUCCGCGCCGUGAACCGCCAGGGCGAGUCCGCGAACCUGGUCACCUCCGAGGCGAUCACGGCCCAGGACCCCUUCACCCGGCCCGACAAGCCCGGUCGGCCCGAGGUCAUGGACUGGGACAAGGACCACGUGGACCUUCAAUGGACUUCCCCCAAGAGGGACGGCGGGGCCCCCGUCGAGACCUAUAUCAUCGAGAAGAAGUCCAAGUUCGGACCGUGGGAGAAGGCGAUGGAAGUGCCAGGCAACACGACGAAGGCGACCGUCCCGGACCUGGAGGAGGGCGAGACGUACGAAUUCCGCGUGGUCGCCGUGAACAAGGCCGGGAAGGGGGAUCCGUCCGACCCGUCAGAGGCUGUCCUCUGCAAGCCCAGGCGAUUGGCCCCGUCGAUCGACAAGGCCGCCCUGGAGGACCUGAUCGUGAAAGCCGGUCAGCCGAUCCGGUUCGAAAUUCCCAUCCAGGCCGCGCCGAAACCGAAGGCCAGUUGGACCGCCGACGGGAGAGCCAUCUCGAAGGAGAAGGCCGACAUAAUGGUUCUGGAGAAGAAGACGACCUUCGAGAUCCCCGUGUCGGUCAGAGGAGACUCCGGUCGGUACACGUUGACGCUCGAGAACGAAGUCGGAUCCUGCUCCGCUUCGGCCAACGUCAAAGUCAUCGACCGGCCGGGGAAGCCGGAAGGCCCGCUAUCCGUCACGGACGUGACGAACGAAAGCGUGAAGCUGACCUGGCGACCCCCCAAGGACGACGGCGGCUCCCCCAUCAGCCACUACGUGAUCGAGAAGAUGGACGUGACGCGGGGCAGCUGGGUGGAGGCGGGGACGACGUCCCUCACCUCCACCGACGUCCCGGGCCUCGUCCACAUGAAGGAAUACAUGUUCAGGGUGAAGGCGGUGAAUACGAUGGGGGAGUCCGAGCCGCUCGACACGGAUGGGAGCGUCGUCGCUAAGAAUCCUUACGAUUCGCCGGGUGCGCCGGGUCGACCCAAGAUCACCGACUGGGACAGCGACCACGUCGACCUCGAAUGGACGAAACCGAAGGACGACGGUGGCGCGCCCAUCACCGGUUAUAUCAUCCAGAAGAAGGAGAAAGGCUCUCCUUAUUGGCAGAAUGCCGUGCAGGUUCCUGCCGAUGAGACCAAGGGCACGGUACCGGACCUGACGGAGGGUGAGGAAUACGAAUUCCGAAUCAUCGCCCUGAACAAGAUCGGACAGAGCGAACCCUCCGAACCGUCCGACAUGAUCAUGGCCCGACCCAGAUACCUCGCCCCGAGGAUCAAGCGACCGCUGACCGACGUGAAGAUCAAGGCCGGCCAGAUCGUCCACAUCGAGGUCCACUUCGACGGCGAGCCCCCGCCCGACGUCAAAUGGACCGUGGACGGGAAACGGGAACUCAAGACGGACGAGAGGACCACCGUCACCGCCCUCGGCUACCACACCAUCGUGCACACGGUCAACGCCAAGCGCACGGACUCCGGGGAAUACAAAUUGGAGAUCACGAACACUUCUGGGUCGGAUUCGGAGACUCUCAAUGUCGUCGUGCUCGACAAGCCCGGUCCACCGCAAGGACCCCUUGGAAUCGACGAAAUCACGGCGAACAGCGUGACCCUGACAUGGAAGCCGCCCAAAGACGACGGAGGCUCGGAAAUCACAGCGUACAGCGUGGAAAAGCGCGACCUGACCCACGGCGGCGGUUGGGUCCCGGCCGUGACCUACGUUGACCCCCGGAAGACCACGGUCCAGGUCCCGAGGCUGGCCGAGGGGACCAAGUACGAAUUCCGCGUUCGGGCCGAGAACCUGCAGGGGAAGUCGGAGCCUCUCGAGGGAGAGAAUCCCAUCGUCGCCAAGAAUCAAUUCGACGUGCCGGGGAAACCGGGUCGGCCGGAGGCUGUGGAUUCGGACAAGGACUUCAUCAAGAUCAGGUGGACGCCCCCGUCGAACAACGGCGGAUCGCCGCUCAUCGGCUACGACGUCGAGAGGCGAGAGGUCCUCACGGGGCGGUGGAAGAGGAUCAACAAGGACCCGGUCCCGAGGACGGAUUACACGGACGAGAGGGUGCACGAGGGGCACCAGUACGAGUACAGGGUGAUCGCGAGGAACGCGGCGGGGCCGGGGAAACCGUCGGAUCCGUCGCAUCCGUUCGCGGCGAGGCCGCUCAAAGAGGCGCCGUCGCUGAACCUGGACGGGCUGCUCGGGAGGAAGAUCAAGGUCAGGGCCGGGGAUCCGAUCCUGGUCGAGAUCCAGGUCGGGGGAGCACCCACGCCCACCGUCGAAUGGACCAAGGACAAGGAAAAGCUCCAGAGCGUUCCUCGUCUCCUGCUGGACCACCGCGACGGCCGCGCCAAGCUCCACAUCCCCAUCACGAAGCGAGACGACUCCGGCACCUACGGCAUCCGCGCGACCAACCCCCACGGCGAGGAAUCGGCCGACGUCCACGUCCUGGUCGUCGACCGGCCGGGCCCGCCCAAGGGCCCUCUCACUUACACGGCCAUCAACGGCGAUCAGAUCUCGUUGGCCUGGAAACCGCCCGACGACGACGGAGGCGCCGAGAUCUCCGGCUACGUCAUCGAGAAGAUGGAAAUCGGAACCGACGUCUGGAAGCAAGUGCCCGGCUUCUGCCCCGGAACGGCGUUCACGGUCAAAGGACUGGAACAGAACAAGAAAUAUAACUUCCGGGUGAGAGCCGAGAACAUUUACGGGACCAGCGAUCCCCUGACGGGAAAACCGGUCGAGGCCCGGAGCCCGUUCGACCCGCCGGGCCCGCCGGGGAAGCCCGAGGUCACUUCUUACAGUCCCAGCUCUUGCGGACUCGAGUGGACCCCGCCCACUCACUCUGGAGGAAAGCCUGUCAUCGGAUAUUUCAUCGAAAAGAGAGAACGCGGCGGCGAAUGGAGUCGAGCGAACACGUUCCCGACCCCGAACACGAGCUACACCGUGACAGGCCUUCUAGAAGGCCACCGGUACGAGUUCCGCGUCGUGGCCGUGAACGAGGCCGGGCCAGGCGCCCCCUCCGAACCCACCGAGCCCAUCACGGCCAAAGUCCAGAAAUUCGCACCGGACGCUCCGGACAUGCCCCGCGUGGACCGAAUCGGCAAGGACUUCGUGGAACUCAGCUGGAAGCCCCCCACGAACGACGGCGGCACCAAAAUCCGCGGCUACAUCGUGGAAAAGAAGCCCAAAGGAAGCGACAAGUGGGUCCCCGUCAACGAAUUCCCCACCCCUGACCUGACCUUCAAGGUCCCCGACCUCACCGAAGGCCAAGAGUACCAAUUCAGGGUCCGUGCCGUGAACGACGUCGGACCCUCCGCCCCGAGCCGACCGACAGCCGCCGUGACGGUGGAAGAGCAGCCGGACAAGCCGCGAAUCGACCUGGGCGCCGUGAGGGACAUCACGGUGAAGGCCGGCGAGGACUUCUCCAUCCACGUCCCCUUCACGGCCUUCCCCAAGCCCACGGCGUCGUGGUUCAACAACGAUGCCGUCCUGGACGAUGGGGAUUCAAGGAUCCACAGACAGCUGGGCGACGAUUUCGCCAGCCUCGUCGUGAAGAACGCCAAGCGAACCGACGAGGGCCAAUACCGGCUCCAGCUGCGAAACGACGCCGGCUACGACAACGCGACCUUGAGGGUGAAGGUCCUCGACCGGCCGGGCCCGCCGAGGAACCUCAGGGCGGACGACUUCCAGGGCGAGAGCCUCACGCUGGUGUGGAACCCGCCGCUGGACACCGGCGGGGUGCCCAUCAGCAAUUACCUCUUGGAGAAGAGAGAGCCGAGGCAGAAGGACUGGGUCAAGGUGAGCAAUUAUUGCACGCCGACCAACAUCCGAGUGAGGAACUUGGUGAUCGGGAAGGAAUACGAAUUCCGGGUGAUGGCGGAGAAUCAGUACGGGACGUCGGAGCCGUGCUCCACGAUCGAGCCGAUCAGGGCCAGGUUCCCGUUCGAUCCGCCGGGACCGCCGGGAACGCCCCUGGCGAUGGAGACGACGGAGGACAGCAUCACGAUCCAGUGGACUCGGCCCAGGACGGACGGUGGGUCGCCGGUGCAGGGUUACAUCAUCGAGAAGAGGGAGCAGGGAACCGAAUUCUUCACGAGGGCUAAUCAUGCGCUCGUUCCGGAACUCAACUACAGGGUGAUCAACUUGACGGAGGGGCGUGAGUACGAAUUCCGCGUGGCUGCCGUGAACGCUGCCGGGCAAGGUCCGUAUUCCGCCAAUUCCGAGCCCAUCCGAUGCCAGGCUCCGCCGUGCGCCCCGAAGAUCACGAGCGACCUGAGCAUCCGCGACAUGACCGUGAUCGCCGGCGAAGAGUUCACGAUCACCGUCCCCUUCGUGGCGAGCCCCAAGCCCACCGCCGCCUGGACCAUCGACGGCGUCGACGUCCUCCCGGACGACCGGAUCAAGUUCGACACCUCGGCCACCGCCACGGUCUUCCUCAACAAGUGCGCCAACCGGAAGGACUCCGGGAAGUACACGAUCAAGCUGACCAACUCGGAGGGAUCCGACUCGGCCUCGUGCAAGGUCACCGUCGUCGAUAAGCCGUCCCCGCCUCAAGGGCCUCUGGACAUCGGGGACAUCACCCCGGAGACGUGCUCCCUCACGUGGAAGCCCCCGCUGGACGACGGGGGAUCGCCGAUCACGAAUUACGUCGUCGAGAAACUCGAUCCUUCGGGGGUGUGGGUGAAAGUGAGCAGUUUCGUGAGGAACUGCAGGUACGAGGUGAUGGGGCUGGAGCCGAACAAGAAAUACAGUUUCCGUAUCCGGGCCGAGAAUCAAUACGGGAUCAGCGAGCCUCUGACGAGCGAAUCGCCGAUCACGGCGAAAUUCGCGUUCACGGUGCCGGAUCCGCCCGGGAAGCCGAAGAUCACGGAUUCGGACGUGGCUUCGGUGUCGUUGACCUGGGAGAAACCGCUGAGCGACGGCGGGUCUCGGAUCCAGGGUUACCGGCUGGAAUACCGCGACGUCGUCGAGGAUCGCGACUGGCGACCCGCGAGCGAAUAUCUCAUCAAGGACACGCGAUUCACCGUCUACAAUCUUCUUCCGGAUCAUCAGUACGAGUUCCGGGUGAAGGCGAAGAACGCGGCGGGGCUCUCGAAGCCCUCUCCGCCGUCGACGACCUUCAAGUUGAAGGCGAAAUUCGGGCCGCCGGGGCCGCCGGGGACCCCCGACGUGGUCAAGGUGGGCCGAAACUACGUGGACCUGAAGUGGACCCCACCGGCUUACGACGGCGGCAGCCGGAUCACCGGCUACGUCAUCGAAAAGAGAGAAUGCGGCUCCGCCGUGUGGAACAAGGCCAACGAAUACAACGUGACGGACUGCGAAUACACCGCCAUGUAUCUGAUGGAAGGAAAGGACUACGAGUUCCGAGUGUUCGCGGUGAACGCCGCGGGAAAGGGCGAGCCCAGCAUGUGCACGACCCCCGUGAAAGUGUGCGAAGUCCUCGGCGGCGAAAAGCCCGAGUUCGUCCGCACCCUGCGGAACCAGGGCCGCCCGCUGCACAAGACCGCGACGCUCGAGUGCGAGGCGACCGGGAAGCCGGAGCCCAAGUCCCGCUGGCUCAAGAACGGCCGCGAAUUCGCGCUCGGCGGACGCGUCACCGCGGACGAGAAGAACGGCGUCUUCACGCUCACCAUCCACGACGUCUGGGAGAUGGACGAAGGCGAUUACACCUGCGAGGCGAGCAACCCGCUCGGGUCCGUCCACACCACGGCUCGACUCAAGAUCGGAGUUCCUCCGCGAAUCGAGAGGAUCCCCGACGACCUGUACUUACCGGAAGGCGACAACACGAAGGUCAAGAUCUACUUCUCGGGCGACCACCCGAUGGAAGUGACCUUGUUCAAGGACCGAUCGGAGCUGAGCGAGACGCCGCACCUCAAGUACACGGUGUUCGACGAGUACCUCAUCGUCUUCAUCAAGGAGAUCAAGGACACGGACGCCGGGACCUACACGGUGAACGUGAAGAACGACAGCGGGGACGUCUCCGCUUCCUUCAACGUCUUCAUCACGGGUCUACCAGGUCCCCCGAUCGGCCCCCUGGACGUCUCAGACAUCGACCGACACACCUGCACCCUGCACUGGAAGCCCCCCGCAUACGACGGCGGGGUCAAGAUCACCCACUACCAGGUGGAGCGAAAGGACAUCACCCACGUGCACUGGGUCAUCGUGUCCAGCUUCUGCAAGGACACCACGUGCUUGGUCCAGGGGUUGACCGAGGGUCAGGAGUAUCUGUUCCGCGUCAUGGCCGUCAAUGAGAACGGCAUGAGUCAGCCGCUCGAGGGAAUCAAUCCCAUCAAGGCCAAACCGCCCUUCGACCCACCGACUGCCCCGGGGAUCCCCGUCGUGACGGAAGUCGGCGGCGAUUUCGUGAACCUGCUGUGGGAGAAGCCGGAAUCCGACGGUGGGUCCAGGAUCCAGGGCUACUGGAUCGACAAGCGGGAAGUGGGCUCGGCGACGUGGCAGCGGGUCAACCAGAUCAUCUGCGCCCCCAACCAGAUCAACAUCUCGAAUCUCAUCGAGGACCGGCAGUACGAGUUCCGGGUGUUCGCGCAGAACGAGGCGGGUCUCUCGCCGCCGUCCUCCAACUCCGGCUCCGUCAAGAUCAAGGAUCCCACACGUAUGAUGGAUCUUUGGGAAUUUAUUCAUAUCGCAUCCCAUCCGCCGGAGAUCUUGGAGCCUCUCAAGAAUGUGGCAGCGACCGAGAACAAAAAGGCAGAAUUCCGCUGCCGAAUCACGGGCAACCCCAUACCUCACAUCACCUGGUACAAGGGCGCUCGCGAGCUGGUGCAGUCGGCGAAAUACCACAUGCUCAAGGACGGGGACACGUACAUCCUGACCAUCCACGACGUGUACGGAGAAGACGCGGACGAGUACGUGUGCCGAGCCACGAAUCGCGUCGGCGUCAAGUCCACUCGCGCCGAACUCUCGAUCCGAACCGCGCCGAAGAUCAACGUUCCUCCGCGGUUCCGGGACACGGCGUUCUUCGACCGGGGCGAGAACAUCGAGAUCAAGAUCCCGUUCACCGGGAAUCCGAGGCCGAAGAUCCAGUGGUCCAAGGAAGGAGAGGUCAUCGAGUCCGGCGCUCACUACCACGAAAGGCACGCGAUCCUGACGAUCCGAGACGUGACGAAAGUGGACAGCGGACCCUACCGACUCGUCGUGGAAAACGAACUCGGCAUGGACUCGGCCAUCAUCAAGAUCCAAAUCAGCGACCGCCCGGACCCGCCGCGUUUCCCGGCGGUGGACCAGGUGUUCCAGGACUCGGUGGCCCUGUCGUGGAAGCCGCCGUUGUGGGACGGAGGCUCCCACAUCACAAAUUACAUCAUCGAGAGGAAGGAGCAGCCCAUGUCUUCCUGGAUCCGGGCCGGCCACACCAGAUUGACUGGUUUUCAGGUGACUGGUCUCAGUCCAGGGAAGACCUACGAGUUCCGGAUCCUGGCCGAGAACAUCUACGGGCGAAGUGACCCCAGUGACCCCACCUCGUCCACCAAGAUCCCCGACAAGGGCAAGAAGGAGAAGCCCAAGAGAAAAUACGAAGUCGACGAGACCGGGAAGAAGAUUCGAGGCCGGGCAGACGAGAAGGUCAAGGAUUAUGACCAAUUCGUGUUCGACAUCUACUCCCGCUUCAUCCCUCAACCCGUCGAGAUCAAGACGGACUCGGUCUACGACCACUACGAGAUCCUGGAGGAGAUCGGGACGGGGGCGUUCGGGGUGGUCCACAGGGCGAGGGAGAAGAGCACGGGGCACAUCUACGCGGCCAAGUUCAUCCCCGUGUCCCAUCCGAUGGAGAAGGCGCUCAUACGGAAGGAGAUCGAUAUCAUGAAUCAGUUGCAUCAUCCGAAGCUCAUCAAUUUGCACGACGCGUUCGAGGACGACGACGAGAUGGUCCUUGUAUACGAAUUUCUGUCCGGCGGGGAGCUGUUCGAGAGGAUCACGGCCGAGGGGUACCAGAUGUCGGAGGCCGAGGUCGUCAAUUACAUGAGGCAGAUAUGCGAGGCGGUGAAGCACAUGCACGAGAAGAAUAUCAUUCAUCUGGACAUCAAACCGGAGAACAUAAUGUGCCAGACGGCAACGAGCACGAACGUGAAGGUGAUCGACUUCGGGCUCGCCACGCGCUUGGACCCGAACGAAGUCGUCAGGAUUUCGACGGGAACGGCGGAAUUCGCGGCGCCGGAAAUCGUCGAGCGAGAGCCCGUCGGCUUCUACACCGACAUGUGGGCCGUCGGCGUCCUCGCCUACGUCCUGCUGAGCGGGCUGUCGCCGUUCGCCGGGGACAACGACAUCGAGACCCUGCAGCACGUGAAGGCCUGCGACUGGGACUUCGACGAAGACGCCUUCGCCAACGUCUCCAACGAGGGCAAGGACUUCAUCAGGAAACUCCUCGUCAAGAACAAAGAGCAACGGAUGACAGCGCACGAGUGCCUGGUUCACCCGUGGCUGAAGGGCGUGGAGAAGCUGGGAGACGAAGGGCAGUUGAGGAGCCAGAGGCAUCUGGCCUUCCGCGAUAAGAUCAGGGCGAGGAAUCCGAAUUGGGAUGCGUAUCUGUUGCCGAUCGGGAGGCUGGCGGAUCUGAGUUCGCUGAGGCAGCUUCAGGUCGACAAGUACAAGAUUCACGACUACUUCAUCGAUCGAAGGCAAGCAGCGCCGCGAUUCGUGAUCCGACCGCAGAGCACGUUCGCGUACGAGGGCCAGAGCGCGAAAUUCUCGUGCCGGGUCAUCGCCGUCGCGCCUGCCACCGUCACGUGGUACCAUCAGAACUCGGAGCUCAAGCAGAGCGUCAAGUACAUGAAGCGGUACGUGGGGAACGAUUACACGUUCGUCAUCAACCGGGUGAAGACGGACGACCGGGGCGAGUACAUCAUCCGGGCCGAGAAUCACUACGGAUACCGCGAGGAACCCGUUUUCCUCAACGUGCAACAUCGUGGUGGUGGCUCGGGAUGGGCGCACCGAGCGAUUCCCUCGUCCCAAGCCGUCGUCUUCGUUUGCAACACCGUUUAUCCCGAUUUCGAUUACUUGGAAGAACGUUUCGUUUCGUCGACGCGAUUAGCGGUGCCGUCAGAAACGCCGGCGUACAAGCCGGAGACGGGUCGCGUGAGACGACGCGAGGGCCUGCAAUACAAGAAACUCUGGGAAGACGAGAAGGAUUCCGCGCCGAAAUUCACCUUCUUGCUCCGACCUCGAGUGAUCCAGGUCGGACUGGCGGUGAAGCUCCUCUGCUGCCUCUCCGGGAAGCCCAUGCCCGACGUACGGCCGACUUCCUCUCGCUUUUCGCCUCCUCUCUCCUUCGACCUCCUCUCGCACUCCGCGGAUUCCGUCGUCUCUCUGCAGGUGAAAUGGUUCAAGGGAUCCCGGGAGCUGAGCAAGUACGAGUACUCGAUGAUGCACGUGGACGGCGUGGUGACGCUGGAGAUCCCGACCGUCCGGCAGGAAGACGCCGGGAAGUACAAGUGCGUCGCCACCAACUCCCUCGGCCAGGACGAGACCAGCUGCGUCGUCAUCGUCGAAGGUAGGACUGGCUUGCGGUUCGGACCGAUCCACUUCGCUCUUACGGGAAAAAAAAAGUCGACCGGAAGCAGACGGGACCGGAAUGAUGUAUCCGUGAACUCGUAUUUCUCAGGGGGUAAAGUGAAUCCGGAACAGUACGCUGAGCUGCUCAAAGAAGCCACUGCCAGAGAUCGACGAUUCGACCCGUCGAAGCGCGUGCCCGUCUCUUCAUCGUCGGCGGGAGGGACGACGGACGACUACAGGCAGAAGACGAGCCAUGUGUCCUCGUCCCACGAGAGCCGCCACGAGAGCCGCCACGAGAGCCACCGCGAGAGCCUCCGCGAGAGCCGCCAAGAAUAUUCUUCCACGUCCACGAAGCAGGGCACUCAUAAAUCCUCAUAUUCGAGCUCGUCGAGUCGAGUGAAGGAGUCGUCGAGCAAGUACGGGACGUCGUCGGUGGAUGCUUACAAGGCGAAGAGAUACGGGAUCGCCCCGACGGGGAGCCCUGCCCGAUCGCGAACUGCCACGAAGGAACUCGAGCUCCCGCAAGAUUCACCGAUGAGCGCGCCGGAGUUCAUCCGGGGCCUGACGGACCAGACCGUCCGGGACGGGGACACCCUCUCGCUGAAAUGCUCCAUCAAGGGCGACCCGGAUCCCAGGGUGGAAUGGCUCAAGAACGGGGAGGCCCUGUCCUCGUCCGACAUCCUCGACCUCAAGUAUCGGUCGGGGGUGGCCACCCUCACCAUCAACGAGGUCUAUCCCGAGGACGAGGGCCUGUACGUGUGCAGGGCCACGAACACCCUCGGGACCAAGGAGACCAAGUGUCGACUCACGAUCACGCGAGCGAAAAACUUCGACGUGGUUUGGCUGCACAAUGACAAGGAGAUCAAGCCGAGCAAGGACUUCAAAUACUCGACAGUAGGAGACAAAUACAGCCUGGAGAUUGCGGAGAUUUUCCCAGAAGAUUCCGGUGUUUACACGUGCGAGGCCUUCAACGACGCCGGCGAGGCCUUCUCCACCGCUUCGCUCGUCGUCAAAGUGGCGAACGAGGAACCCCGGGGUCUCGUGAUCUUGAGGUUCCCUCAAAGCGUCACGGUUCGGGAGGGACAAUCCACUUCCUUCACCGUGGAGGCAGACACCCAGCCGCUGAAAGUGACGUGGACGAAGGACGGGAGGGCGAUCGACGAAGGGAGCACGCGCUUCAAGCUGACGCAGGAAGGGAAGAAGCGUUACACGUUGGAGAUCCAAGACACUCUCAUCACUGACAUCGGACAGUACGCGGUUCGGUUGACGGGCAAGAAGGGGGAGUCGCAGGCCGCCUUCGCCGUCAACGUCUUCUCUCGCGACGACCUCUGAAGAAAGGAAUUAAGACUUACAUCUCAUGUGAUUCGGGUGUACAGCGGAACGAGAGAGAAGGUUGUCAGUGUCACAUGACGGAAUGCAUCUGAGAAGAAAUUCUGUAACAAUGCUGCAAUAUUACACCUAUCUCUCUUUUCUUCCUCUUCAAUUUUUAUUUCUCCCCUUCCUCUCUCUAUCUUCCGUAACACCUCCUCCCCCCUGUCUCUCCUCAUGUCCUCAUUGUCUAGUAAUGUCCUCGUCGUGCCUGAGAGCCCCGUUUCUGUGAUCUUUGGUGCCAUGAAAAAAAAAGCCAUCUCUCUCCACUGACUUCCAUCGUUAGGAUAACAAGAUCGUCCUGGUGGAACGGGACUCUCAGUCGCGCAGUCUUUAAUAGAUCACCAUGUGCGUGCUGUUCGAUGAGCAAAGUAUAUAAAAUAAAAAGUGAU